ACUGUCCCUGUCUUAUUUUCUGUUUCUUCUGCUAGCAAAGAAACACCUUUACUCCCAUUCUCCCCAGCUUAGAAGAGUGCAGAAGCUAUCCUCAAAGGCAUUCCAGACUUUCCUUGAGUUAGUUGCUUCUGAGUUCACUGGUGAUGAGAAUGAAGCUAUUGAUGACUUUGUGGAGUUUCUGAACACACAUGUGGAACGAAGUCACAUGGAGUGCUUGCGAAGCUUAACCAGGAGGAAAUGGCUGCACAAUAUCCAGCAAGCAGCUGAAAGCAGUGGAGCAAGCAUGGAGCUGGUUUACAAAGCAGUGUUCAAAGCCCUUUCCCAGGAUGCAGAAGCCCAUGGGGAUAACAAGGAGAUCAGUGCAUAUAUUGCCCUUUUGGAAGAGAACCGGCUCUCACCAGAGCGGGGACAGAUUCUCCUGCACUACGUGGCAUGUACUGCACCUGAUGCUCCCUAUGUUCUAAACCAGAUACUGUACAGAGACAUGAAAGGAGUAAGCUUUGCAGCUGUUGAAGAGGGAAAGCCAAUUCAUGUUCCAAGAGUUCAGCUUCAUGGAAAUAUCCACUUCUGGAACCAUGACCGCCUGGAGGAGGAGAGGAAAGGCUCAUUCCUGGUGCUGCCGGUGCACGACGCUCGCUGGAGGGUCUUUGGCAUUCUAGGACUUGACACUCUCCGGGAGCAGAGUGAGAAAACCAUCUUCCUGUCCCAUGAGAUCAGUUUCUACCAGGGCGUUUCUCAUGCCUUCAGCAAAGCCUACCACCAUAUCCACACGCUGGAAAACGUUCUACAAGUAACUGUUACUGCUCUGGACUGGUUGUAUCCCAGGGCACCCAGCAUCCACACUGUUACUAUGUACCUGGUGAAGCCUGGCGAAGACAAGACCUGGGACUACACUCUGCGCAAGAUGAUUAAUAUAGAUAAUACAGGACAAAAAGAAAUUUAUAGCUCUCCUGUUCUUCUCCUCAGAAAAGAAAACCUCUUAAGAGAUUACCUGUUUAAGUGCACAGACAGUUCAGAGGUCGUUUGCACUUCUGUCUGUGGAGAAUACCACACUGCAGUACCUCUCCGUGACCUAUCAGGACAAGCUUUUGGCAUAUUUGAUAUCAGCAUUGGACACCACCAGAAAUUGCCACCUCAUGAACACAAAGACCUGCAGAAAAUGCUAAAGAUGGCCCAAGCUGCCUGCUCUGAGAUACUGAAGAGGUCUUCAGAGGAAACAGAACCAACCUAUGUACUGGAGGCAGAACACAUGGCAAACUUGAAGCAUGCGGGGAUUCUGUUCCACCGGUUCCUGCUGCAGGACCUGCGUGAGUGCAUCCAGAAACUCCAUGUGGAGAGCUUUGCUGAAAUAAAGAGCUAUGCAGAACCUCCAGCUCUGGUACAUAACAUAGUUAAGGCUGUGCUGUUGCUUCUCCAUCCAGACUGGAAGGACUCAGAGAAGACUGAGAACUGGAGUCAGUGUAAAUUGAAACUUGAUGACAGUUUGAUUCAGGAGAUUUAUUGCUUUGAUCCAACUGCUGCAUCUGUGCUAAUUCAAGCAGAGCUGUUGCUGGACUGCAUCACUGGUGUUCCUAGAGCAGCAGUGUGGCAGCAGGGCUCCCUUCCAGCCGAGUACCUGUACCACUGGGUCCACACCUGCCUGUCGCUAGCAGAGAUCACAAGGAGCCUACACAGUCAAAAAUCCCAUCUUUAG